AUGCUGUAUGGACUCGGAGGGGGAGAAGCAGCCUACAAGGACGCCCUUAGCCAAUUGAAAGCUACGUGUGGAAGCCGUCCAGUGAUGCGGGCCGCCCAUUUGCAGGCCCUUGAGAUAGUGGAGGCACCGAAAGGAGACCCGACUUCAUUCCGUCGAUAUGCUGAGAAGGUGCGGACCCAUUUGUUCAAUCUCAGUUGCAUUGGGGAGACUGGACACGCAGAUAUCAUCGAACGAUUAGCCCAGAAGCUUCCUGUGUAUGAUCGACUGUCAUGGAAUGAUGGAAGGCGAGGUGGACUGGAGUACCGGACCAUGAAUACGUUCGGAAUGUGGCUCUGUGCCCGAGCUUCAUCGUAUCAAAAUGCCUAUUCCGUUGCAGCGGACCAAAAUCAACGAACGAGUGGUCCCGGAAAACCUGGGCAUCAACAUCCGCAGCAACCCGCGCAACAUUUCACGAGGCGGAAUGCCCGAACGCACCAUGGGGCCAGCACCCUGCGGCAUGAACAAAGGAGUCACCACCAGCCAACCGACCACAAGUCGACGGAAGAGAAGAUAGACUAUUGUUUCAAAUGUGAAGAUCCACACCAGCUUCUUUCAUGUACUUUCUUCAAAGCCUUAUCAGUGAGUGAACGGCUCACGUUUAUGAUUCGUCGCGGUUUAUGUUUUGUUUGCUUCGGUGUACGACACGGUGCCCGCGACUGUCGAGAGAAGAGAAGCUGUGGUGUAAAUGGAUGCAAGCUUCUACACAAUCCUUUAUUGCACAGUGAUGUGGCUAGUCGAGAUGCAAAAUCGCACCAUGCUGUAGGGAGUGACGCGUCUUUAAUUGCUUUCGGUGUGAUUCAGCUUGAAGCCUUAUCGGCGAGCGGAGAAGUAGUUCCAGUGACAGUGAUGGUCGAUCCCGGCAGCAAUUCUACACUUUUCCGAGAAGGACUUGCUCGUUCUUUGAAGUUACGCGCACGGAGCCAAACUCUCCAUAUUGAUGGAGUAGCAGGUGCAAUCUCAACACUACAGUCAGAGCAUUUGGAGAUAAAAAUAAAGACGGCGUUUGGAGAAUUCGUCACGCUCAAAGGCUCCACACUACCUGUGGUCACCCGUCCGGUGCCAUUCUUCAAGUGGGAGUCGUUGCGUGAACGUUGGCGUCAUCUGGAUGAUUUACCUGAGCUCCGACCGGCAGGUGGAAGAAUUGAUGUAUUAAUUGGACUGGAUCAUUCCACCCUGAUCACCCCAACCGAAUCAAGUAUGGGAAGUGAAGUCGAACCAGUUGCCGAGAAGACGCGACUAGGAUGGAUCGUGAAAGAUGUCAUUAAUGAAAGCGGUGGCCGAGCGCGAGUUCAUCAAGCACUAGCGUCGACGGAUAUCGGUGUGCAGUUGCUAGACCAAAUGCGUCGCUUCUGCGACACCGAGUCGUUUGGAACUGAGCAUCAUGCAGAGUGUAUUUCUCCAGCGAACAAAGAAGCAAUUGAGCUGUUGGAGCGGUACACCAUCAAGUUGCCAGUUGGAUACGAGGUGCCAGUUCUAUGGAAGGGUGGAGUUCGACCAUUGUUGCCUGACAACCGUUCAUUGGCUGAGGCCCGCCUUCAGGGCACAGUUAAUAAGUUCCGACGGUCGCCGCCGGAGCAGCAGUAUGAAUACUGGUAUCGACGUGCCAUGCAGAAGAAUUUUGAUGAAGGAUACGCCCGGCGUUUAACACCAGAAGAAGCAGCUGCCCAGCCGGUGUAUUACUUGCCACAUUUCGGGGUACCUAAAAGCCCUGGAAGUUCCGAAUUACGACUGGUGUACGAUUCGGCCGCGAAGUAUCAGGGGAGCUGCCUUAACGAUUAUAUCACCAGCAGGCCAGCGUUGCAGAAUCCAUUGCCGGCGGUGAUAAUCCGGUUCCGAGAAGGUGCAGUUGCCUGGUCGGCAGACGUGGGCGCGAUGUACAGCCGGAUCAGGUUAAAUGCGGCGGACCGCCACUAUCAUCGCUUCAUGUGGCCGGAAGAGGACGGUUCCAUCACCACCUGUGAGAUGACGCGGGUGAUGUUUGGUGUCUCUUGUUCUCCCUUUGUAUCAAUCCGGACCAUGUGGCGAGUGGCAGAAGAUUCCGGACCGGAACUGAAAGGAGCAACCGAAGCAAUCCAAAACUGUUUUUAUGUUGAUGACUAUUUGGGUUCAGCGCGCAGCACAGAGGAAGCUGUCACCGUAACCACCACGGUAUCAAGAGCAUUGGCCAGUGGGGAUUUCCAUCUAGGAGGUUGGGCUUCCAAUGACCCAGCCGUGUUAGAUGCCAUCCAGCCAGCUUGUAGAGUGAAGGAGAAGAUGGACGGAGGCGCUCAGGACCUUGGCGCAGAUGAAUUGGAAACUGUGUUGGGGAUUACCUGGCGCCCUUCCUCCGACCAGCUCGGUUUUCGUGUUAUAGAAAAGGAGGUGAUCUUCACACGCGUGGGAUUGGCGUCGAUGGUUGCUGGACAAUUCGACCCCCAAGGAACGGCCGCUCCGAUGACAAUCAAGGGUAAAAUUCGUCUUCGUGAGCUGGGCGUCCGCGGACUAGACUGGACAGAAUCAGUCAAUAAAAAGGACCGCGAAUGGUGGGCGCAAUAUUUCCAGACCAUUCAACAACUCAAAGACGUUGAGUUCCCGCGCUGUCUGUUUGAAGAGGAAGAAGACAUCGUCCGUUCAGAGCUGCACACGUUCGCCGAUGCCUCGGAGGAAGCAUGUGCUGCCGUUUGUUAUCUCCGCAACUGCUACAAGGAUGGCCGAGUGAUUGUGCGCCAUGUCAAAGCGGCGACAAAAUUUGCCCCUCUGAAGACUGUGUCUGUGUGUAAAUUGGAAUUAACGGCGGCGCUUUUAGGCGCCCGACUCGCGCGUUUUGUGAAAGAGGCGUUGACUAGAAAAAUGGACGCUCAUUUUUAUUGGACAGAUAGUAGUACCGUCAGAAAUUGGGUGCGUGCCACUUCUGCCCAGUAUCAAGUGUAUGUGAGCCACCGUAUUGGUGAAAUACAAACUCUAACUGAAGCACACGAAUGGCGAUUUGUCCCUGGACGGCUCAACCCGGCGGAUGCAGCAACUCGAUCAGUUUUUAGAGGCCGAAGCCAUUCCUGGCUAUUGGUUAAAUGGACCUGCAUUUUUAUAUGA